AUGGCAAACCAGUUUCCUCGAAUUCUUUCAUUAAGGCGUUCUUUCCCACGCCUGUUCCGCGUACCAACCCGCACUUUCUCGCUCACUUUACAGCCACUUAAGUCCGACCCAUUCCAAACCCGACCUUCUCCUCCCCGCCUACCAAAGGAAGACCAAGAACUCUUUGAACAGCUCCAACGGCAGUCCACUGGUGCUUUCAGUACACCUCGUUCUGCACCAAAAGCGAACCAGCCGGGAGAAUCCUCUGCAUCGUCGUCUGAAGCGCGAAUCAGCGAGGGGGAAGAGCUGCAUCCUGAUAUUCGGCACGGCGUAAAGCCAGAGUUUGAGGGCGAUGUUAAUCCAAAAACAGGGGAAGUAGGGGGUCCGAAAAACGAGCCACUGAGAUGGGGCGCCGAAGGCGAUUGGAGCUAUAGCGGAAGGGUGACAGAUUUCUAA